AUGUCGGGAAACUCCUCCUCCCCAUCCUUCUCAUCCUCCUCCUCCUCCUCAUCAUCGUCAUCCUCCUCCUCCCCAUCCUCCUCCUCCCCCUCCUCCCCAUCCUCCUCUUCCUCCUCAUCAUCAUCCCCCUCCUCCCCAUCCUCCUCCUCCUCCCCCUCCUCCCCAUCCUCCUCUUCCUCCUCAUCAUCAUCCCCCUCCUCCCCAUCCUCCUCAUCCCCUCCUCCCCAUCCUCCUCCUCCUCCUCAUCAUCAUCCCCCUCCUCCCCAUCCUCCUCCUCCUCCUCAUCCCCCUCCUCCCCAUCCUCCUCAUCCCCUCCUCCCCAUCCUCCUCCUCAUCAUCAUCAUCAUCCCCCUCCUCCCCAUCCUCCUCCUCCUCCUCAUCCCCCUCCUCCCCAUCCCCCUCAUCAUCAUCCCCCUCCUCCCCAUCCCCCUCAUCAUCAUCCCCCUCUUCCCCAUCCCCCUCAUCAUCAUCCCCCUCCCCAUCCUCCUCCUCAUCCCCCUCCUCCCCAUCCUCCUCCUCCUCCUCAUCCCCCUCCUUAUCCUGGAGACCCUGGGAAUUUAGAGCCGAGAUUUCCGGACAUGGAAAAAACCUGGAAAAAUAUAAAAUGGAUAAAAUCCAAGUGAGAGUUCAGUGAAGUACAAAAGUCUGUUUGCUCACAAAGACGCCGUGUUUUUGCUUUGAGCUAAUAACUGAAAAUUUAAACAGAUCAAAUAGCUGAAAGUUAGAAA